AUGGAGGCAUCUGAAAGGAGCUACAAGUAUGGGGUGACCGGGCCUCUCUCUAUGAAGGAAAGCACGGAGGAGGAUAUCCGGCUGUCUGAGGAGAUGGACACGUACCUACAGGAGCGUGGCUUCUUCGAGGAUUGCAAAGAGGGGCAAACAAGAGAGAGAGUUCUUGGAAAGCUAAACUUCAUGGUUAAGGAGUUUGUUGCGAGGAUGGCAAAGAAUAAAGGAAACGGGGAUGGGGAGAAAGCAUAUGGAGGAAAGAUAUUUACGUUUGGGAGCUAUAGGCUGGGUGUCCAUGGCAAAGGAACUGACAUCGAUGCCCUGUGUAUUGUACCCAGGCAUGUGACCAGAAGCGAUUUCUUCACCUAUUUUUACGAGGAACUGAAAGAAGACCCGAACAUAGAAGGUGUUACAAAGAUAGAGGAUGCAUUUGUACCAAUAAUUAAAUUCGAGUUUCAAGGGAUUCCAAUUGAUUUAGUCUUUGCUAGACUUAACGUACCCGUUGUGAAGGAUGGAAUUAACCUACUCAACGAUACGCUUCUGAAGAGCAUGGACGAGAAAUGCAUUUUAUCACUGAAUGGAUCCAGGGUUACAGAUGAAAUGUUGAAUCUUGUUCCAAAUGUAAAAGCCUUCCAUUCGGCACUGAGGUGCAUCAAGUACUGGGCUAAGAGGAGAUGUGUGUAUGGAAACCCCUAUGGAUACUUUGGAGGGGUGGCGUUUUCGCUGUGUGUUGCAAGGGUCUGCCAGCUGUAUCCAAAUGCAUCGUCUUUUACCAUUGUCUGCAAGUUCUUUGAGUUGUUUUCGUCAUGGAAGUGGCCGACGCCUGUGAUUCUACGCCCUGUGGUGGACUUAAACUACAAUCUGAAGGUCUGGGACCCCAAGGUGUAUCCCUCGGACAAGUACCAUAGGAUGCCUGUGAUAACACCUGCAUAUCCUUCCAUGUGCGCAACGCAUAAUGUAUCGAACAGCACGCAGCAUGUGAUCACCAUGGAGUUUUCCAGGGCCCAUGAGAUUCUAUCCAAUCCCGAGAAGAAUGACUUCAGAAGGAUAUUCGAGCUGUCUGACUUCUUCAGCCGGUACAAGCUCUUUGUCGAGGUGCUAGCGAUGUCUACCUCCGAAGAGGGAUUUGCAAAGUGGGAAGGAUAUGUAGAAUCGAAGAUCAGGAUUCUGGCAUCCAAGUUUGAGGCUGUUGAUGACAUAUUAUAUGCCAUUCCCUUUCCAAAGGCGUUCAGAGUUGGCGAGGAAAGCAUUAGGAAGAUAAGGCCUGGGGCCUCUGAGGUGAAGAAGUGCACUGCAUUCUUCAUAGCAAUUGACAUCAUCCCUGUGAAGGGCAAGAAGGUGGUUGUGGAGCAACAAGUCAAGGAGUUCAUGGAGUUCAUCAAGGAGUACGAGGGAAAGGAAAGCAGCAUGAGGAUUGAGGUCAAUAGCCUGAAGAAAAAGGAUAUCCAAGGAUUCCUAAGGGUCUUUUACGGGAAGGAUGAUAAUUUAUCCAGUGAGGAUGAGAAUAAAAGGAGAAAAGUUAAAUGA